GCGCAGAAAAUGGUCAUUUUCAGAGCACACUGCGCAGUACACACUUGGGUUGGCCAUUCUAAACAUAGCCAGUGACUUCUUGUUGGGUAGUGAAGAGUUAAAAGGUGUUCUAGUGCGUCACGCAGGUGCCUUUCUGCGUCUUAAAUUUCAGACAUUCGAGAAGUUAGUGUACGCUUAACUGUGCUACAUAGUGUAAAAAACAGCGGUUAUAGGCUUCGUUUUCAAGUAUAUGAAAUGUUUAGUAAUAGGGUUGAACGGGCAACCUUUAAUCUCCCAGCACUGAUGAACGUCGCGCGUGAAUCGACCUCUCUUCCACUCCACAAACCUCUCGAACGGAUCACACGUCCUCCACUUUAGCCAGGGUCCCCACUUACUUGUGCCCCGUUUUACGCAUUGUUUUGGCGGUGACUGCGUAGCUUUUCGACCCCUGGAACGUUUCCUUUUCCGAAAGGACUUUUUUAUAGUGUGGAUAUGUGGUGGAUGCUGUUUCCCAGAUGGAUUUGGUUUUUGUUCGGACACUUCUGCGUCUUGCGUUUGGACUUGCGCGCGAGAGCGAUGCCAAUGACUCUGUCCAAAGUGGUUUAUUCUCAUGCGGGAAUGUGUCCGAACGAGAUGAACCCGAACCUGUGGGUGGAUGCCAUGAGCACCUGCACGCGAGAGUGCGAGUCCGACCAGGACUGUGAGCCGUUCGAGAAAUGCUGUUCAAAUGUUUGCGGACACAAGAGCUGCGUGGCUGCCCGCUACAUGGACCUUCAGGGCAAGAAAGGUCCAGUGGGCAUGCCCAAAGGGGUCACCUGUGACAAAUUCAUGUGCACCCAACAGGGUUCAGAGUGUGAAAUCUGGGACGGACAGCCAGUGUGCAAGUGCCGGGACCGUUGCGGACGGGAGCCCCUUUUCACCUGUGCCUCGGAUGGCAUGACAUACUACAACAAGUGCUACAUGGAUGCUGAGGCUUGCACCAGGGGCGUCACCCUCACAGAAGUCACCUGCAGGUACCACUUUAGUUUGUCCAACACCAGCCCUGUCCCAGCAGAGACCACUGCCCGGCCCACCACCGCCCAUCUUCAGACUACUCCCGUGGACGUUCAACGUCCCAUCAUGGUCAGCAACCCAGCGCACCACUUUGUUUUUGUGGGUGAAACAGCCAGCUUCCUCUGCGAGGUGACAGGAAAACCGAAGCCGGCGAUUACAUGGGAAAAGCAGAUUGAAGGUAAAGAGAACACUGUGAUGAGACCCAACCACGUGCAAGGAAAUAUAGUGGUUACCAACAUCGCCCAGCUGGUCAUAUACAACGCCCAGGUCCAGGAUGCCGGCAUCUACACCUGCACUGCCAAAAACCAGGGUGGAUCUGUGCAAGCCCAUUUCCCACUCUCUGUGGUCCCUAGGGAGCAGACCAAACCGGAGCCGGUGAUGAAUUCCACACGCCUACCUGCUGAGGAGUGUCUGAAAACACCUGAUAUGGACGACUGCGGAGAGGAGAGUAUGAAUUGGUACUACGAAGCCAAGCGCAACAACUGCUUUACCUUCACAUACAGCCAGUGCAACAAAAACCGAAACCAUUUCGAUACGUACGAAUUGUGCAUGUUGUCCUGUGGAGCAGAGCUUGCAGCACCUUGCUCCCUGCCCAGCGUACAAGGUCCCUGCAAGGCUUACAAACCACGCUGGGCUUACAGCCAUGCGCUCAAGAAAUGCCAGUCAUUUGUUUAUGGAGGCUGUGGCGGCAACGAGAAUAACUUCGAGAGCAAGGAAGCCUGUGAGGAGAUGUGCCCCUUCCCCAAGACCCACAACUGCAAGCCAUGCAAACCCCGGCAGAAGAUGGUCCCCAGCUUCUGCAAGAGCGACUUUGUGGUCUUGGGUCGUAUUUCGGAGUUGACCGAGGACCACGAUUCUGGCCACGCGCUCAUCACGGUGGAGGAGAUCUUGAAGGACGAGAAGAUGGGGCUGCGGUUCUUCGGGCAAGAGCCUCUGGAGGUGACGCUGCUCAACAUGGACUGGAACUGUCCCUGUCCGAACAUAACGAGAGCCGAGGGACAGAUGAUCAUCAUGGGGGAUGUUCACAAUGGCAUGGCCGUGCUGCAGCCCGACAGCUUCGUGGCCACUUCCAGUGUACGGCGCGUUCGCAAACUCCGUGAGGUUAUCAACAAAAAGACUUGUGAUGUUUUAAAGGAGUUCAGCAGCACAAAGUACUAAAGCGCUUACAAUACCUAAAUCUCUGGACGUCCUAAACCAGAGGUGUCAAAUCCUGCUCCUGGAGGGCCACUUUUCCUGCAGAGUUUAGCUCUAAUACACCUGCCUGUAAGUUUGUAGGGAUUCUGAAGACCUUGAUUAGCUUGUUUAGGUGUGUUUAAUUAAGGCUAGAGCUAAACUCUGUUCCAAGGUGGCCCUCCAGAUCAGGAGUAGGAUUGGACACCCCUGUCCUAAACCAACGUGCCUGCCUCUCACCUGCUUUUCUUCAUGAAGCAGACUCACUCACAAACUUGACUUGUAGUUUCUACAAUCAUAUGUUGUGCUUAUGCCGCAGCGGAAAGCUGCUUGAAUUAUCCCUGGAGAGAUGAAAUAUGUGGAUUGUGUGAAUGACACAGACAUGCAUAUAUACUAGAUGAUUUCAUACGAAAGUAUUACCGUAUUUACAUCUACAUGUUGUAGUGUGAGUCCAGUUAUUUUAGUUUGACUAAAAAGCCACAGAUGUUUUAUUAAAACUAGACUCUGUCUACCUGUCUCAGAACAAAUGCCUUGCAGGUGGUUACUGAACAUGAAUCUUCAGUGGAAGCAGGUGGUUAAACAUUACUAACCUAACACUUUAUUUAUACUUCAUGAAGAUUUAAUUAAAGCUGAAGUGUGUAAUUUUUUCGAAGACAGAAUAAACCCCAUCUUAAUAUGCAGAGGCAAUUCGAAGUAAGCCAUUCUUAAGUUGAUUCCCUGGGAAAGUGCACAUUGCUUAUUUGUUUGACGAACCCGGCACAGCAACAUUGGCUGAUCCGGUACCGUAAGUUUAUGGUAGGACUUUAUGUUUGUCUGACCAAUGGGAGAGUGUUUAGGAAACCUAUGUGAAAACAGUAACUUUUGCAAUUUCAUUUUCCGGUAAAAUUACACACUUCACCUUUAAUUAUGAAGCCAUGUCAUUCUUAAACUAAAAAAAAUAUGACAUGUUAAAUACUCUUGCACCUUAUUUUAAUUCAUAGUCUUUCGUGCUGUAAUCGUUGUACUUUGUUCCGUCUAUUUAUGCUUUUACAUUACUACCAUAAAUUGAAACAAAGGUAGUCCUAUGUUACGUGUUUUACAAAGUAUGUUACGUGUUUUUUGUCAAACCAUACAAUGGCAAACGUAUAUUGAGAUUAUAACUAUUAUUUUAUGAGCAGUUGAAAAUGUAUUAAACGUUUAUGGAACUACACCAGAGAGGCGAUUAAAGACAUUUCCAAUCAAAUCCUGGA